UAGCUGGGCGUACAGUUUCCCUUCAUAGACCAUUGGCGUGCCCUCCUAAACCUUUCAUCUCACAAAAGCUCAGGUCAGAACCAUCAAGACAAGCUCUGAGUCUGGACUGUUAUUACUUUUAUUAAUUAAGGUGCCCCACCCUGCAUCUUGUAUCCUGGCACUGGCACUCUCCUCUGACCAUCUCACAGCCUAAUGGUAAACCAACAUGCUGUUUCAGAUAAUGUGGGUUCAUCUUCUGCUUCUGACUGUGCUCUUGGGUGUAUCCACUGCAUGUCCUCUGAUUUUGGAGCCUUAUCAAAAAACGGAUGACCAGAUUUUUCUUAAUUGCACCUCUCUAGCUGACGGGCAUAAAGGCAUGUACUGGAGUUAUAACAAUCAAACGACAAACAAGGAGUCAGAAUCAUACACUGAGGUGUCAAUAUCAGGCAGUGACAGGAAUACCACGGCCAAGUGUACAAUUAAACUGAAUGACACCUUUGAAUGCAGUAAAUACAUUCAACUAAAAAUUUAUGACGUAAAGAAGAUUACUGAAAUUGAAAAAAAACAGCGUGAGUUCAAGUGUGAUAUCCCUGAGGCGGAACCGGUACAAAACCUCAGUGUUAAGUGGUUCAAGGAUGAACAAAUAAUAGGACCAGAAUCUACUCCAGAGGACAUGCAUGCUCCCCUGGUGUGGAAUAUUAGCAGAGAUCAUGAUGGAGCCAACUUUUCUUGUGAAGCUCUUGGGCACCAGGAACCACAUGGACAAGUUUAUGUUUCAAUGACAUGGAGUUUACAUGUAGAAUAUGCCCCAAAAUUUGAAGAUAAAAAUGAAACCACCGUGCAUUUGAAAAAGAGUGGUGAUACCAGUUUGGACUGUGCAACUGAGGGCAGCCCUCCUCCUGACUACACAUGGUUCAAAAAUGGAUCAAUUGUUGCAAAUACACGUUAUCUGAAUAUUAUUCAAGUAAAUGAGACCACAACUUAUUACUGUAACGCUUCUAAUCAUAUUGGCUUUGAUACAAGAACAUUUGUUGUGGCAGUAUCCUCACGUUCUUCAGAAAGUCCAAUGACAAUUAUACCAAAUGAAUUAUUUGUGGAAUAUGGUGGAUCAGCUUCAGCUAACUGCAGCACCACAGAAAAUAUCAUUGGUAUGGGCUGGGAGGCUGAUGAAGGUGGCAUUGGCUUUACAGAGAAUGUGACUUCUUUGGAGUGGAAAGUAAAGAAGGUGGGAAAAUGGACCAUGAAAGCGAUGUGCUUUAUAACUACAAAAAUUGAUGGACAGUAUCUCAAAUCAAUGAAUAUCACCAUUUACAAACUUCCUGACAAGGUGCAGGUCUCUCCAGAAGGCAACCACAAGCUAGUAGAGGGUCAACAACACAAAUUGCAAUGUAAAAUUUCAAAUGUAGCUCCUGUUGAGAAAGUCCAAGUAAAGUGGUACCGGGACAAUCAACUCCUCUACACAGAAACAUUCAAUGAAAUUGUCUCAGAACCACAAAAUAAAACCUCAAUUUUCACUCUAAGUCCUAAGAAAGAGCAUAACAAAGCAAACUUUACCUGCGAGAUAGAGCUACUUCUUAAACAAGGACAAAACCCAAAAGUUGUGUCAGCACCUUACACCGCUGAUGUCCAGUAUAAACCUAUCCAACAUUGUCCACUCAGUUAUACCGGUAAAGAGAAUGAGUUCAAGUUGGAUACAGUGCCAUGUAAACCCAGUGGAAAUCCUGAACCUGAUACUUACUGGUACUAUAAUGACAUAUUGGUCAAUUCUACUGAACCUCGAACAAGAAAAGAUUCAGGAACAUACACAGCUAUAUUUAAGAAUGAUAUUGGCAAUACCAGUACCAGUGUUAACAUAACUAUUGAAUACGGACCAUUGUUUUCUUGUGAAGACCACUAUGAUGUUAUAGAAAAAACAAAUUUUAAAUCGCCAUGUGAACCUGAAGGAAUACCAAAGCCCAAAUCUGUGUGGUUGAAGGAUGAAACGCAGAUGCAUUUUUCAAAGCAGUGGAAAAGGCAUGACAGUGGGCAAUAUUUAAUAGCAGCAAACAGCACACUUGGAAAAGUCAACCACACACUGAGAAUAAAUGUUUUGUAUCCCCCAAGUUUAACAGAAAAUAUCACUCAAGAAUUCCACAUGGGGGAAAACCUUACCCUGAAGUGUAAUGCAGAUGGGAACCCACUCCCUCAGCUUCACUGGAACCACCCUAACGCUUCAAACGUAAACACCACCAGAGGGCGCCAGAUUUACAUUACAGAAGCCACGUCCACCAACGCUGGUCUCUACCUCUGCAUUGCCACGAAUAAACUUGGAAGCGUAACAAGAACCGUAACAUUGAUAUUGAAAGAAACGCACUCUAACCUCAAAAGAAUUUUAAUCUUUGUAUUUCUACUUGCCCUUGUCCUUGCCAUAUUCAUCCUCGUUCUAGUUUACCGUAACUACAAGAAGAAGUCUGGACAAUAUAAUGUUAUAGCGAUAUCUGAUAGUCUACCACUGACUUCAAGGUAAAGUGUGAUUUAGGACUAGUAGACUAUUAUUUUAUGAAAUAAUUAAAGCAAUGUCUGUAGUCAUGUAGGUUUAGGCUAUCAAUUGUGGAAUUUUGGUGGAGUUGCUCAAAUUCUUUCUUUUGUUUAGGUAUUUUAUUUUGAAAGUUGACCUAUUGAAUGAUUGUCCUACUGCUUUGUUUACACUUUGUAUAUUGGGUUACAUGUCCUUUUAAAGUCAUACAAGAUUGUGACUCUAAAUGCAUUUUGUACAGUGCGCAAAGUAUUUAAUAAUAAAAUAAAGGUCAUGCGUAUAAUUUUC